CCGUCGUGGAACGGUGUCGGGAGAAUGGGCGGGGAAAGAGUAAAAGGCUCGGAAAUAAAGGCUAGGAGGCUGGGGCGCCCGCCAGUCAGUCCCCAGCCCCCAUUCGGAGUGCAGGAGGCGACCCUCAGUCGUCGGUUGUCCUCACCCCGCCUCCCCCGCCUCUCCUGCCUGCCCCGCGCGCCUCUCCCAGUUGAUUGAGAAGCGCCGUCUGCAAACUGCCCAGGGGUGGGCUGGGCUCUGACCCGGUGGGCGGCCGCUCGGUAUAGGUGUGCCGAAAGGUCUUUUAUCGUAUUUCUUGGUUUAUCCCCUUGUUUGGGUAGAGCACAUUUUCCAGUACCUCUGUGAGAGAGGAUGCCAAGGAGAGGAUGCGGACGGCAAAGUAGAGCUAAGCAGAAGGUGGUGUGUCACACAGUGGAAUAGUGUUCAGCCUCAGGAAGGAGGGGAACUUCUGACACUGCAAAACGAGGAGCCUGGAAGAGGUGAUGCUAAGUGACAUAGCCGGUCACAAAAGGGCAGACCUGGACUGCUCCCGCCGCAGCUGGACGGCGCGCCACAGCUGGCUAGCCAUGGAGGCGACAGCGCCGCGGCGCCGGCACCUUCUUCCGCUGCUGCUGCUGCUGCUACUGCUCUGCGGCGAGUGUCCCCCGGUGAGCGGCUGCAACGAGAAGCGCAUGCUGGCCAUGCUGCCCCGCUGCGGCAAGACCUUCGCCGAAAUGAUGAAGAAGGUGGAGGUCUGGAAGUGGUGCAACCUGUCGGAGUUCAUCGUGUACUACGAGAGCUUCACCAACUGCACUGAGGUGGAGACCAACGUGGUGGGCUGCUACUGGCCCAACCCCCUGGCCCAGAGCUUCAUCACCGGCGUCCACAGGCGCUAUUUCCACAACUGCUCAGUGGACAGGCAACAGUGGCAGGACCCCCCGGAUGAAAUUCUCAUCCCGCUCAUCGUGGUGCCCAUCCUGCUGACCCUCGCCAUGACUGGCCUGGUGGUGUGGCGCAGCAAACGCGCCGCCCAGGUGGUGUGAGGGCCCGGUGAGUCCGAGGGGCCGCGCCCGGAGAGAUGGAAGAAAGUUCCCCCAGGGCUGGGAGAGCCCGUGGACGCUGCUUCUGCUGCCCCCCGACCCUGCCUGGGUGGCCGUGGGCUGGUGAAAGAAAAUGUGCUGUGGCUGGAGCUUGUGUGCCAGGCACAAUUGCCGCUGCUUCGCCCGCGCUGUCCCCAGCCGGGCUGGGCCUUUGGGGUUCCUAGGUCUCCUUAGCACCUAGUCCCAUGGGGCCCCAGACCCUGCUGCUGCCUUUCCACCGACUCUGCCCCUGGUCCCACUCCAGCCCUGACUCCACCCCCGGGCCUGACCCCCACCUCCGGCCUUGACCUCACCUCCAGCUCUGACCCCACCCUCAGCCCUGGCCCUGACACCCACCAUGACCCUAUCUCCACCCCAGGCCCCAUUCCUGGUCUUGACCCCUGCCCAGGCCGUGCUCUGACCCCACCCCCACCCCUGACCCCGCCCCCCGCCCUAACUCCACCCCCGGACCUGCCACUGCUCCCGCCCCCUGCCCCGCCCUGACCCCACCCCCAGCCCUGGCUCUGCGGCUGGCCCCUAACCCCAGCUCGGGCCCAUCUCCCACUCCGAACUCACUCCCGACUCUGGCUCCACCCCAGCAGCCCUCUGGAAGGGUGUGCCCCUUCCCGCCUGGCUGGGCCUGGGGGAAGAGAGGGCGGGAGGGGCUUUUGUAGGUCUGUGCUUUGCAGGCCUUGAGGCCUCUUGGUCGGGAUCCUGCCUGGAGAGAAUCUGGAAGACAGGGUUGGGCUGAGGGUUCCAUGGAGCCGCCGCGCAGCCUGAGACCUGGUGUCUUUUGUCAUGACCAGGGGCUAGAAUUGGGGGUGGGCUCUUUCCUGACCGGCCCCCCUGUGAGCAAGACCUUGGGGUGAGUCCCGAGCGCUCUCGUUCUGGCUGAGCUCUGUCUGCCGUGUCUGUGCUUUCUGUGAAUAAAGACUCAUGCUACCCC